AUGGAAGCUAAGUACGGCAAUAUUCGGUGGGAAGUCACCGCUGGCCCCUCAGUCAGAUUUUCGCGUUUAAACUCGGUUUGGUGGAAAAACUUAAUAAAACUUGAGUCAUCGCUUCCGACGACGGUGUUGGCAGACAAAGUGAGGUAUGUCCUUGGGGAUGGAAAUUUAAUCUUUUUCUGGGAUUCUGUCUGGCUGGGAGAUGCUUCUUUCAGAGUAUCUUUCCAUGACCUUUAUGUUAUUAGUAAGAAGAAAAAGGCGAAGGUAGGAAAAAUGGGAGAGUGGGUUGGAAAUAUUUGGGUCUCGGGCGAUCUGGGAUGUGAGGACCAGCUUUUGGAAGGGGCGGUCGGGGGGCUGUUGCUGCAGCAACAGCUUCUUUCAGUUCUUGGUUUUGUGUCGCCGGAUCAGAAUCGUACCGAUACGUUGUCUUGGAAUUACGAUGUGGAUAAGGAUUACACUUCGAAGUCCGGUUACGAUCUUUUGAUUUGCAGAGGAAUACCGGAAUGGGAGGAGGAUGAUAAAGCCAACACCUUCGCGGAUUUGUGGUCCAUGGAUAUCCCCUUCACUGUUAGAGCUUUUAUCUGGAGGUGUUUUCUCAACAGAGCCCCUACAAAAGAUCUGCUGCUAACUCGCGGUAUUUCUAUUCUUAAUGAUGACUAUAAUUGUGUUUUCUGUUCGGAGAAUCAGGAAUCUUUAGGCCAUCUUUUGUUUAGCUGUUCUGUGUCGACUCAGAUUUGGAAAAACAUGGCGGAAUGGACUGGUUUGGAUCUACUUUUUGACCCUUGUAUUUGGAGGAAUUUUCUGGUUUGGGGCAAUGGCGUUAGGAGGUACGGUAUAAGUAGGAGGAAGACGGGAAUUAUUUGGGCAGCGGUGGUUUGGGAAAUUUGGAAGUUGCGGAACAAAAUUAUCUUCAACGGAGGCAUUUGUAAUAUUAACGAUCUUUCGUGGAAUAUUAAACUGUCGGGGUGGAAGUGGUUGUCUAUCGGUAAAAUUGCGAACACCAAGUGUAAUUGGAAGUAG